CCAAACGAUGGGUAAUGACGGUGGAAGUAUCCCCACUCGCCGCGAGCUCGUCCGCGAAGCCGCCAAAAACCCCAGCACAGCGCAACUCAAGGAAGCGCAGCGCGAACAACAAGAGCACGCCUGGACGACCUGCCCGCUCUCGCACAAGCAACUCAUGCGCCCGAUCGUCUCCGACAGCGCCGGGAACCUGUACAACAAAGACGCCAUCCUGAAAUUCCUCCUCCCCGGCGAAGAGCCCGAGGGGAUCAGCUCCAGGGCCGACUGCGAAGAGUUCCUGGGCGGACGGGUCAAGGGACUGCGCGAUGUGGUGGAGUUGAAGUUCGAGAUUGAUACCGAGCGUGAGCAGCAUCCGAGUCAUAAGCUUGAUAGGCGCGAGGGAUGGAUCUGUCCCGUGACGGCUAAGCAGCUCGGUCCUAGCGUUAAGUCGGUUUAUCUGGUUCCUUGCGGUCAUGUGUUUUCGGAAGAGGCGGUUCGUCAGUUGAAGGAGGAUAAGUGUUUGCAGUGCAACGAACCGUACACGGAAGACAACGUUAUCACUAUUCUCCCCGCUAAAGAGAGCGACAAGCAGUCGCUCAUCGCGCGCAGUCAACGCCUAGCCGAACUGGGCCUGACGCAUUCACUGAAAAAGGCGCCCGGCACCAAAAAGCGCAAGAAGCAUGCCAACGGGGAGGCGAAGGUCGUCGCCUCCGAGAAAGCAGCCGGGUCCGGCUCCGACGCCCAACCGCCCAAGGAACAGUCGACCGCCCCCGGACGAAGCGAUAAAAGUGUUCCCAACGGAAUCAAGAACGCAGCAACCGCCACCCUGACAGCCCGGAUCCUGGAAGAGGAGAACGAGAAGAAGAAGCGACGGAAAAUGAUGGGCGGUAGUGGUACCCUGGACAGUCUUUUCAGCAAGACGGAUGGCCGGGAAUAUUCGAACACCGACUUUAUGACGAGGGGGUUUUCGCUUCCUGCGAAUGCCCGGAAGUGAUGGACUUGCUGCAUUGGUUCCAAGGCGUUUCUUAAGGGGGGUUAUUGCUUUCUUUACUCUAUUUUUCAUGUCAUAUUCUUUUCUUCUAUCUUUUUGCACGAAAGGAGUUAGGCUACAUAGUAC